UGUGUCGCGGGUGGAGUGGAGCGGAGCGCGAGGAGCAGUUUCCAGCACUGGCCACCUCUGGAUAUCGCCUUGCAGUUGGCAUUUCGAUCUGGCCGUGCUCCAGAGAACAGCUUCUUCAGGUGUUUGGCGAGCCACGUCCUCACUGUCCAGCAGAGUGGGAGCCGAAGCCUGUUACCUGAUCAGAAGGAUUGACCGGGCUCGCUGGGCGGUGGACAUCCCAGGCCCCUCCACCCGGGCCCCUGUGGACAGGGCGGGGCCGGGUGAGCAGGCAGCCGGGCUAUGGUUUGGUGCCUCAGUCUGGCCAUCCUCAGCCUGGUCAUCAGCCAGAGGGCUGACGGUCAAGGGAAGCCUGAGGUGGUGUCGGUGGUGGGCCGGGCUGGGGAGAGCGCCGUGCUGGGCUGUGACUUGCUGCCCGCAGCUGGCCAGCCCCCGCUGCACGUCAUUGAGUGGCUGCGCUUUGGGUUCCUGCUUCCCAUCUUCAUCCAGUUCGGCCUCUACUCUCCCCGCGUGGACCCUGAUUACGUGGGGCGAGUCCGCCUGCAGAAGGGGGCAUCUCUCCAGAUCGAGGGGCUCCGGGUGGAAGACCAGGGCUGGUACGAAUGCCGCGUGCUCUUCCUGGACAGGCACAGCCCCGAAGACGAUUCUGCUAACGGCUCCUGGGUGCACCUCACAGUCAAUUCACCCCCUCAAUUCCUGGAGACACCUCCUCAGGUGCUGGAAGUUAAGGAACUGGAGCCCUUGACCUUGCGUUGUGUGGCCCAUGGCAGCCCCCAGCCUCAUGUGACUUGGAAGCUCCGAGGACAGGACCUCAGCCAGAGCCAGGGCCCGAUGCAGGUGCAGAACGGGACGCUGUGGAUCCGGCGGGUGGAGCGAGGCAGCGCUGGGAUCUACACCUGCCAGGCCUCCAAUUCCGAGGGCAGCACCACCCACGCCACGCAGCUGCUUGUGCUAGGACCCCCGGUCAUCGUGGCACCCCCCAAGAACAGCACGGUCAAUGCCUCCCAGGAUAUCUCCUUGGCCUGCCGGGCCGAGGCGUACCCUGCCAACCUCACCUACAGCUGGUUCCAGGACAGCGUCAACGUCUUCCACAUUAGCCGCCUGCAGUCGCGAGUGCGGAUCCUGGUGGAUGGGAGCCUGUGGCUGCAGGCUGCCCAGCCUGAUGAUGCGGGCCGCUACACCUGUGUGCCCAGCAACGGCCUCCCGCACCCGCCUUCAGCCUCAGCCUACCUCACUGUGCUCUACCCAGCCCAGGUGACAGCGAUGCCUCCUGAGACACCCCUGCCCAUCGGCAUGCGAGGGGUGAUCCGGUGCCCAGUUCGUGCCAAUCCCCCGCUGCUCUUCGUCAGCUGGACCAAGGAUGGGCAGGCCCUGCAGCUGGACAAGUUCCCCGGCUGGUCCCAGGGCCCAGAAGGCUCGCUGGUCAUUGCCCUGGGGAAUGAGGAUGCUCUGGGAGAAUACGCCUGCACCCCUUACAAUAGCCUUGGCACGGCAGGGCCCUCCCCGGUGACCCGAGUGCUGCUCAAGGCCCCCCCAGCUUUUCUAGAACGGCCCAAAGAAGAAUAUUUCCAAGAAGUAGGGCGGGACCUACUCAUCCCCUGCUCUGCGAGAGGAGACCCUCCUCCUACCGUCUCUUGGGCCAAGGUGGGCCGGGGGCUGCAGGACCAGGCCCAGGUGGACAGCAACAGUAGCCUCAUCCUGCGACCGUUGACCAAGGAGGCCCAUGGGCGCUGGGAGUGCACCGCCAGCAAUGCCGUCGCCCGCGUGGCCACCUCCACGAACGUCUAUGUGCUGGGCACCAGCCCCCACGUUGUCACCAAUGUGUCCGUGGUGCCCUUGCCCAAGGGUGCCAAUGUCUCCUGGGAGCCUGGCUUCGAUGGUGGCUAUCUGCAGAGAUUCAGCGUCUGGUACACCCCAUUGGCCAAGCGUUCUGACCGAGCCCACCACGACUGGUUGACUCUGGCGGUGCCCGUGGGGGCCGCUCACCUCCUUGUGCCAGGGCUGAAGCCCCACACCCAGUACCAGUUCAGUGUCCUGGCUCAGAACAAGCUGGGCAGUGGGCCCUUCAGCGAGAUUGUCCUGUCUGUCCCUGAAGGGCUUCCUACCACACCAGCUGCCCCCACACUUCCUGUCACAGAGAUGCCGCCUCCUCUGUCCCCACCCCGAGGUCUGGUGGCAGUGAGGACCCCCCGGGGGGUACUACUACACUGGGAUCCCCCAGAAAUGGUCCCUCAGAGACUGGAUGGCUACAUCCUAGAGGGCCGCCAAGGCUCGCAGAGCUGGGAGGUGCUGGACAGGGCUGUGGCGGGCGCGGAAGUGCAGCUGCUGGUGCCUGGCCUCAUCAAGGAUGUUCUCUACGAGUUUCGCCUUGUGGCCUUGGCCGGUGGCUAUGUCAGCAGUCCCAGCAACUCGGCCAACGUCUCCACCUCUGGCCUGGAGGUCUACCCUUCCCGCACCCAGCUGCCAGGCCUCCUGCCACAGCCCGUGCUGGCUGGCGUGCUGGGGGGGCUCUGCUUCCUGGGGGUGGCCAUCCUUGUGAGCAUCCUGGCUGCUUGCCUCACCAGCCGCCGCAGGGCUGCCCGCCGCCGCCACCACUGCAAGCGCCUCCUUACAGAUCCACCUCUUCUCUUCUCUCCACCCCGGUUGUCAUCUCCACUCUCUGCUCCAGGCUCGGGCAGUCCUGACAGCGUGGCCAAGCUGAAGCUCCGGGGUUCCCCAGCCCCCAGCCUGCGCCAGAGCCUACUCUGCGGGGAGCCUGCCAGAACCCCCAGCUCCCCUCCAGACCCUCCACCGAGCCAGGGGCCCUUGCCCCUGGAGCCCAUUUGCCGGGGACCAGAUGGGCGCUUUGUGUUGGGACCCAACGUGGGGACCCCCCAAGAAAGGUCAGGCCCUGAGCAGGCUGAACCUCGGACCCCAGCCCGGCACCAGGCCAGGUCCUAUGACUGCAGCAGCAGCAGCCCCACAGGGCUGCCCCAGCCCCUCUGCAUUACAGACAUCAGCCCCGUGGGGCCCUCUCCCGCCGCCCCGCCCAGUCCCCUGCCAGGAACCGGAUCCCUGCUCCAGUACCUGAGCCUGCCCUUCUUCAGGGAGAUGAAUGUGGAUGGUGACUGGCCCCCUUUGGAGGAGCCUGCUUCUGCUCCACCCCCAGAUUACAGGGACAUCCGGCCCUGCCCGCCCUCAUCUCUCCUUCAGCCCCUGGACUCCCCUCCUGCCUCCCCCCGGGCAGUGCUUCCCGGGGCUGUGGCCAGGGCUGGGGCUGCCCCGGAGGGCCCGUACACAGCGCUGGCCGACUGGACACUGAGGGACCGGCUGCUGUCGGGCCUUCUCCCUGCCGCCCCCCGGGGCAGCUACCUCAGCCCGGCUCCAGGAGACACCAGCAGCUGGGCCAGUGGCCCAGAGAGGUGGCCCCGGAGGGAGCAUGUAGUGACAGUCAGCAAGAGGAGGGACACAUCUGUGGACGAGAACUAUGAAUGGGACUCGGAAUUCCCGGGGGACGUGGAAUUGCUGGAGACCCUGUACCUGGGCUUGGCUGGCCCUCGACCCGGACCUGAAGCUGAGCCAGAGCUAGGUGCCAAGACUCCAGAGGUGGGCUGCCCCCUGAGCGCCGCCCCGGCUCCCGGCCCCGAGGCCCGCUGUGCUGCCCUGCGGGAGGAAUUCCUGGCCUUCCGCCGCCGCAGAGAUGCCGCUAGGACCUGGCUCCCUGCCUAUCGACAGCCAGUCCCCCAUCCUGAACAGGCCACUCUGCUGUGAACACCCUCACGUGAGGCAGCGUGAAGGCACAGGGACCCUGUGAAGGAGGCCCCAACCAGACCUAGCUCCGCCUGGGCAACUGCCCCUGCCCCUUGGAGGCCCAGGCACAGACCCUGAUGGUGGGCUGGGGUGGGCGUGGUGUGGGAUGGAUGUGCUGAGCCUGGGCACUAGGGCGGGGUCCUAGGUCUGCUGGAGGGUGUGUGUGUGUGUGUGUGUGUGUGUGUGUGUGUGUGUGUUUGUGGUGUGGGUGAGGUUUUAUACAGGUGAAUAAAGAAAGUCUGGAAAAUGUU